AUGUGCAUGAAACCUGAAUAUUUUAUGCUUUCUUUGCUUAUUCCUGGGCCACAAUCACCUGGUAAAGAUAUUGAUGUGUAUCUACAACCCUUGAUAGAAGACUUGAAGUUGUUGUGGGAAAUAGGGGUCGAAACUUAUGAUGCAUCGAAGAAUGAGACCUUUCAAAUGCGGGCAGCUCUUUUGUGGACAAUCAACGAUUUUCCUGCAUAUGCUAUGUUGUCCGGGUGGAGUACAAAGGGAAAAUUGGCUUGCCCUUGUUGCAACAAAAAUACCUCUUAUCUACAACUAAAACAUAGUCGGAAGACAUUUUAUAUGGACCAGCAUGUCUUUUUACCCAUGGAUCAUCCAUGGAGAACCAAUACAAGGUCUUUUAAUGGGGAACAUGAAUUAAGACCCCCUCCACCUGUUAUUGAAGGAACAAAAAUUUUUGAGAUGCUACAAAAUGUUGAGAAUACUUUUGGGAAGAAGCAAACUACAUCAAAUAGUUUCCCAUGGAAUUGGAAAAAAAGAUCAAUUUUCUUCGAAUUUCCUUACUGGCACAAUAACCCACUGCGUCACAACUUAGAUGUCAUGCACAUAGAGAAGAACAUACUUGAUAGUGUAAUUGGAACUCUCUUGGAUAUCCCAGCAAAUGAGGUGAGAUUGGGUGGUCCAGUGCAGUUUCGUUGGAUGUAUCCUCCAGAAAGGUACAUGUGUACAUUAAAGUCGUAUGUACACAACAAAAGUCGCCCCGAAGGUUCUAUUGAGGAGGCAUAUCUGGCUGAAGAGUGCUUAACUUUCUGCUCAAGAUACUUGCAUGAAGGUGUGCGAACAAGACUUAAUAAGCAACCUCGGAAUGAUGAUGAUCUUAAUGACGACGAAGUUGUGCCAUCAAAGUUGUUUUCUAAUAAAGGCCGUUCAUUAGGCGUGGGAAAUGGAGAACCAAUUAAUCUCGAUGACAUUUCAAGUGCUCAAGCCCAUGUGUAUGUAUUACACAAUUGUGAAGAAGUCACAGAUUAUGUUAGAGAGCAUGAGGAUGAUGUUAACAAUCAGCGAAGAACGAAAUGGAGAAAAGCAAAAGUUCACAAUAAAACCUUCUCGCAGUGGUUUGAAACUCGAGCAAGGGAUCCAGAUGUUCCUGUUUGGCUAAAAGAAUUAUCACGAGGUCCAAGCUCUGUUGCAAGAAAAUUUUCUGGAUAUAUAAUUAAUGGAUACAGGUUUCACACUGUGGAGCGCGAGGCAAGGAGAAAAACACAAAAUAGUGGUGUCACAUUAACUGCUUUAACUUCAAGCUUUGCAAGUGCUAAAGUUAAACGUCCAAUUCAAGACACUGUAGCUUAUUAUGGCAGACUAUUUGAGAUAAAUGAACCCUUCAUACUAGCAUCUCAAGCACAUCAAUGUUUUUAUGUGCAAGAUCCAUAUGAACAUAACAAAUAUUAUGUUAUGGAAACUGUCCCAAGAGACUUAUUCAAAACAAGUGACGAAUCUGAGUCUGAGGCCCGUCAAACCUUCUAUAAUGAACAAAACGAGCAUAUAACGAGCCCUGCCAUACCAGCUGAUGAUGGGGAACUUAUUCUGGAGAGGAUUGAUCUACGACCUACAGUUAUUGAAACGGUUCUCCAGGUGACUUCUGCCCAAGAAUAUGAGGCAGAUUUCAUUGGAGAUUUUGAUUCUGAUGGGUCAGCCUAA